CCCAAAUCAUGUUGUGGGCGCUGUCCAGGUUGACGACCACGAACUCCAUGUCAAUCUUCGCCUGACAGGUACCGUCACCGACCACAACGGGAAGCACUAUCGUGCCCUCGGCGUCGAUAGAGUCCCCGGUGAAGCCGGAUAACGGAGUCCGUAUCGGCCGGAGCUCGGUUUUCUUCAGCUUCAGCUGCCUGAAUGUAUCAACGUACAUCACGUUGACGGAACUGCCAGUGUCGAUGUAGUUGCGGUGGAUGAUGUUGUCGCCAAUCUCGCAUUUGACGACGAGGGCGUCUCUGUGGGGCAGAGGGCCGAAGGGGAGGUCCUUGUCGGUGAAGGUGAUAGCCUCCACGUUCCGUCGCUUCGGCUGAGGGGGGGCGUGGGACACCUCACCAACGUAUAGGGACUGAGCCCAUUUUUUCCGUUGGGUAGCCGAGUCCCCCCCUGUGUUUCCGCCGACGAUGAUAUGGAUGUGAUGCUUCUUUCGGCGGGGCUCUUCCUCGUCCUCAUCUUCACUGAGGGCGCCGAUCUCCCUCUUUUUCCCGGAGGAUCCUUCCCCCCUUUUGCCAGGGUUAACCCAAGUGUUACUCUUGGGGACACCCUUGACAAAUUGGGAAAGUUCCCCCUGUCGGACGAGGCCGUCGAUGUGCCUCUUCAGGGUGGUGCAAUCCUCGGUCUUGUGGGAUGUCUGGCGGUGGUACUUGCAGUAUGUCCCUCCUUUGUGGACCGCAAAUAUCUCCUCCUCUGACCUGGUGUCCUUCACAAUGAGGCCCUGCGCCUCGGCGUGGUCAAGGACGACGCUCACCGGGUGGGUGAGGGGGAUGCGUUGCGCCUCCAACUUUGGACGCCAUGAACGAUCCUCUCUUCGCUGUCCGCCGGGCUCCUGGUGUGCCUUCUUCUGCUGGUUCUGUCCCUUGUUGGCUGGCGCAUGGUGGGGGUUGGACGAGGGGUCCUUCUUCUGUUGCUUCUCCCCACCCUUCUUUUGGUUCAGGAGCUCGUCGGCGUCAGCGUGCCUGUCUCCGCGUCGGAGCGCCGCGAGGUAUGACCGCAGGGGCUCUGUGAAUAGACUCCAGGCAAAGUGGCUCGGCCGGAGUGCUCCGCGGAGGAAGGCCAGGAGGGUGCGUUCAUCGGCUCCUUCACAUUCGUCCGCCUCCCUCGUCCAGCGAUCGAGGAAGGUUCAGAGCGUCUCUUCCGGUUGUUGUUUGAUGGUCAGGAGAUGAGCAAAAUGCUUCUUCGCACGUUUCCUCCCAGCAAAGUGGGUGAGGAAGCGUUGAGCAAGGUCCUGCCAUGAGUCGAUGCUCCCUUCUGGAAGGUUGUUGAACCAAUCGUACGCUGGUCCCUCCAAGGUGGAUAGGAACCAGCGACACAUAUACUCCUCCGAGGCGUUGGUCAUCAUCAUAUUGUUCUGAUAACGGGUGAAGUGCUCUCGUGGGGGUCAGUGCGGCCGUCAUAUGGCUUGAUUGGAUUCCCCUUAUACUUCUCUAGGAUGGGGGCGGAGAGCACCCUCGCAGAGAAGGGGGUCCUGGUUCGUAUCUGGAUGACGGGCUCAUCGCGCCGGUCAGCCAAUUCCCUUUCUAGAGCGCUGACUUUGUUCAGGAGCGCGUCGUAGUUGGGAUGCUGGGAUGUAUGAGCCGCUGCGCGCCCUGCGGCCUCCCGGGCCUCUAUAUCAGCGAGGCGCUUCUCCAGGCGGGCGAUGAUCUCAUCCCUUGGGUCUGCGUUGGCCGCGCCGCCGCCCAGAGGGGUCUGGAUCCGGGCCGCGUGGGCCAGGUUGAUUUGGUGACGCGCAUCGUCAUCAUUCAGCUUUCCCUUUCCUUUGUCUGGUCGGGGCCGAUCCGUUGUCCGGGAAACGGACCCGAAGCUUUCCUUUGGUGAUCCCGGCUCGCGACCACCCAACCGAUCCGCAACCCUUCCCGUAGGUACCCGACGGCUCGCGAUGUCACCCAGCCUGUUGAAGGCCGAGAUUUUACCGCGAGGUUGGGCCGGUGUAUCCCGGGUAGGAGAGGCGGUAUGGGAGUGGGUGUCCACGGCGAGGACGUCCUCGUGGUCGCCGAAGAAGGUGACGCCUUGUGGACGAGGUGGCGGCGGCGGCACCGUCGCAACCUCCCCCGUUACAGGAGUGUUGUUUUCCCCGGUCUUUGCGACAAGGGCGUUGACAACAUUGGGGUCCUGGAGGAUGCUCGCAACAAUGGCCGAUAAUGCGGCCGGGUUGAUCUGGGGAGCAGCAGGGUGAGAGGCCUGCUGGCCCGAAGUGCGAUCAGCAUUGCGUCUGUCUUCAAGUCCGAUGCGAGCAUCCGGAGCAGUCCUAUUGAGCUGGACGCGAAGGUCAGCCGUCUCGUGCUCGACCUCCUGAGCAUUCUCAUCCUGGAUGAUGAGAUCAUUGGGGACGUUGUCAGCAGCGUUUCCCUGCCCUUCCUGGUUCAGAGGGGCGUUUCUACCAGUGUUCUUUGACCUAGUUCUUGUCAUAGCUAGUGGUAGUGUCUGGUAGCGACGAAGGGUACUCAUUUGAUCUGUUCUAGACUCUCAAUGAAAGCACCAAAUGAUAGAGUAUUAAUUAUAGAGAGAAGUGAGAGCUAGAGAGAGAAAGUGAGUAAUUAUAUUUCUCAACCUGGAACCCCCUAUAAUUAGCCCCUUGGGGUCUAUUUAUAGGUAAAAAUGUGGAUUUGGGCCCCUAGCCUUGGGCUUAGGAGGCCCAUUACAAUAAUCAUGCCUUCUUUGGGCGAAAUAAGGCCACUAAUGGGCUGUGUACAAUACUUAGAAAAUACAGUGAAAAAUACAUUCUGCCUGGACGAAGUCCGGACGAUGCGGUCCAUGGACGAUGCGGUCCAUGGACGAUGCGGUCCAUGGACGAUGCGGUCCAUGGACGAUGCGGUCCAUGGACGAUGCGGAUCCUGGGUCUUGCCCAAGGAUCUAGGCGACAUCUUCUUUCUUGGACGUUGCUUGCCUUUGGCCGAUGCGGGUGUCCUGCUGGUGUCUUUUGGGCCGUCGAGUAUGUGGGCCAUGGGGUCCUGGCCCAUAUACUCUAUCAAAGGGAAACUUAUAUCUAUCAUCUUUCCUCACGCAACAGUUUAUCCAAAGCAUGGAGGACCUGGUGUCCAUAAUGACAUAUUGCUUAACUAACUAAGACCCAACCUCAAUAAAGGGCUAGAAAGCAGAGCCCAGACUUAUCAAGAAAUACUUCAAAAUCGACAUCCGCAAUGGGCAAUUAAUAUUUGCUAGUAUCUAAUGACAAUAAUUAUGACGAACCAUGGACAAACGACAUUAUUUCAAAAUGGGCAUUUUCACUAGGCGUUCUUAGAGGAUCAAACUGCAGAGAAUAUGGAGAAAGAUAAUAAAUCAACUUUCUCGCAAUGGUAUGAUCAUGUAACGACCGUCCUCAAACGACCAUUACGAUACUCAAACAUAAACAAACUCGAUAUACAAAGCGGAAGUAAAGAUAUAAAGUCUCCUCAUGAAACUUUAUUUCUUAUAUACAUAACCAAACUUCUUAACGAAAACUUAAAGAAAUCCAGAUAAACCACCCGUAAACAUAACUAUUACACCUGAUUAGGAGUUUUGAAAACAAAACCUUUAACAAAACAUAUAAGUAUCAAAGUACUAAUACCAAACAUAACAGCCAGCCAGGUCUUCUCCGUUAACCCAUCCAAAACCCUGUCACCAGCUCUGUACAUUCUCUCAGGCUUCUGUCCUUUAUUCAUUAUCUAUACAUGAGAACACGAUAGAAUAGAAGUCUCGUAAGCAAAAUUUGCUUAGUAAGUCACCAUUACAUCCACUAAAAUAACGGAAUCUUAGCUAGCCAUAAAUAGAUACACAAUCUAGAAUACUCAAAAGGUCCUUGCAUAACCACCUACAGAACAUAUAACAUGUCAAGCAAAGCUUCAAAUAUCGAAACUAUAGAAAAGUUUCCUUAUACAUCAUUCUUUCUUCACUUUGUCCUUUACAUUUAUGGGCCCGUAGCUCGUGUCCUGUCCCCUCGCUGAUGACCUCGGGUAGCUAGCCCGCAGCCCAUAAGAAGUAACCCCGGGACUCCCCGCGGAAGGACGUCCCGCUACGCUCAGCUCACGUAGUUACUUGGGGGCACAGCUACCUUAAAACAUUACUUAUAAUUACACUCAUUUCAUUGUUAUUUCGUAUGCACAUAGCUUCAUACAAUUCAUAGAACUUGAAUACUUCAUGUUCGAUAACACAAUAGCUUCACAAUUUACACACCUGGCAAUCAAUACAUCUAACUUGGAGUUUACACACAUCUCAUGCUAUACAUGUAACACCCCGGCCCCACCGGACCCGAGGUAGUUACUCCGGACCUCUAGUACUGUCCUCACAAACCGCCACUAGCCUUUUCCGCGCACUUUGUCCUCACUCAUGCGCGCCCUGAGAAACUUCCCAGGGGGUCACCCAUUCCAAGACUACUCCCGUGCAAGCACGCUUAACUUUGGAGUUCUUAGCGGAUGAGCUCCCUUAAAAGGAGAUGCAUCUUGUUGGUAUGAGUAGUACUAUUAAUCCUCUUAAAUUAAUCUCGGGUAUUACAAUCACCCCCACUUAGGAUCGCAACGUCCUCGUUGCGCCCUUAAACCAAUCUCAAUCACACCCCAGAAUCUUUUCCCCUGCUAAGUGCCCGCCCGAUAUCCAAUGGAUCAGCACACUGUCGCAGGGUUGCUCUGAUACCACCUGUAACACCCCGGCCCCACCGGACCCGAGGUAGUUACUCCGGACCUUUAGUACUGUCCUCACAAACCGCCACUAGCCUUUUCCGCGCACUUUGUCCUCACUCAUGCGCACCCUGAGAAACUUCCCAGGGGGUCACCCAUCCCAAGACUACUCCCGUGCAAGCACGCUUAACUUUGGAGUUCUUAGCGGAUGAGCUCCCUUAAAAGGAGAUGCAUCUUGUUGGUAUGAGUAGUACUAUUAAUCCUCUUAAAUUAAUCUCGGGUAUUACAAUACACUUCCAAGUAAUGAAGCAAGUAUAUCAAUCAUACUUAGCUAGACAUCCAUAAUUUAUUUAAAACUAUCAUGUAUAGGUGGUGAUGACUUACCUGUCAAAGCUGAACUCAACUUGCUCAACUAAGUGUGACUUACCUAUCAAUCAUACUUAGCUAGACAUCCAUAAUUUAUUUAAAUGUAUAUUACAAUUUCCCGAGUCCUAAUCAUUUCCAAAAAAACAUAACAUGAAGCCUACUGACAGGGGGCUAAUCAUAAGAAUUUAAAGACUAGAAACAUCAAUCAGACGUUCUCCUAUGCUACAUAUUAUAAUAAUAUAUCUCAAUUAUGAAGUUUCUCUAAUUUAUCAAUAAACACCCAAAUGAAACUUUAUGGCCUCCACGUCUACGUAAAGUUUAAGCAUCAAUCUCACGGGUUAAACAUUUUAUUUGUAACUAGAUGCGCAACGGGUGUACAAACUCCAACGGGUAAAAUUGGACAUGUGUGUGUGUGUGCGCGUGUGCGUGCGUGCGUGCGUGCGUGUGUGUGUGUGUGUGGGUGUGCGUGUGCGUGCGUGUGCGUGGUAUAUAUGUAUAUGUAUAUGUAUAUGUAUAUGUAUAUGUAUAUGUAUAUGUAUAUGUAUAUGUAUAUGUAUAUGUAUAUGUAUAUGUAUAUGUAUAUGUAUAUGUAUAUGUAUAUGUAUAUGUAUAUGUAUAUGUAUAUGUAUAUGUAUAUGUAUAUGUAUAUGUAUAUGUAUAUGUAUAUGUAUAUGUGUAUCAGAUCAGAGAAGCACACUUGCUAGGUAUCAGCCUUUCACAUCUUAUGCAGGUCCAUCUAAUGUCGGGUAGACGCUCAGAGCUUCUCUGCCUGAUGUUGGGGAGAAGCACACACCUUCCCUGCCUGAUGUUGGGAAAAAACAUGCACCUUCACUACCUAAUGUCGGGGAGAUGCUAUGAGUUUCUCUGCCUGAUGUUAGGGAGACGCACACACUUUCCCUGCCUAACAUUGGGGAGAUGCUAAGUGUUUCUCUUCCUGGGGAGAACUAUGCACCUUCUCUACCUAAUGUUGAGGAGAUGCUAAGAGCUUCAAUUCUAUAACUAAUGCUGGGGAGAAGCACCUUCCCUACUGCGUGAAGAACAAUUUUUUUCCAGGAGAGUAAGGAAAUGAAGCUGACCAUUAGUAGAGAGAUAGGACCAGACCAACAAAAGUCUGGCUUGCCCGCCUCCCAGCCGAAGCAUGUAAGAUAUUUGCAAAAUUCUGCCAUUUGCUGAAGGAGUGGUUUGAGACUGGACUUGCGAUGAAGAAAUAGUCAUCAUCCAUGAGGAUGGAGAGUAAACCCGAUGAUAAGAUUAUGUUGGCAGUUCAAAUUAAGUCCCGUUGUCAUCAUCCAAGACUCCAAGUGAAGGAGGACGUGAUCGAUCUUGAGAUGGAAAUGAUGGCGUUGAGCCGGUGCUAUGAAGAUGACGACUCGUGGGCUGGUGCUAAUAAGGACGUGACCCAGCUACUUAUGAUUUGAUUGUUCCAACUUUUAUAUGUGUUGUAUGUGCAUUAUUCUAUAUAUAGUUUAUAUAUAAUUAGUCGCAUGUUGUAAAGGGAAACAGAGUAGACACUAGGUUGAUGGACUUUUAUGUAAGAGUAUCAUUUAAUGUGCGAGUAGCUUAGGUAAAAGUAAGAUAAAACGAAGUAUGUGUAUGAAUGGUGAAUAUAUAUAUAUAGGGUAAGGAUCAAAUGAGAAUACCA